CAUACUAGUCAUAACAAUUCAGCAAAAUUUUCUAGAAAUGUGUAGGAGUUUUCUACAAUUGAUGAAGUUCCACUGAAUAUUAGGGCUAUACUGGUAUCCUAUUGCUUAUUGGGUGGCAAAAACAAUUCCAUCUUUACAUGUUUUUGAUCAUGUAAAAAAUGAUCAGCGAAGAUACCUGAUACAGGAGAGAAAUCAAUAGCAUUCUUUUACUGGAAAUCUGUUACUAUAGAAACAUUUUUCUCAUUCUCCACAGAAUAUUAUUUUUUAAAUGCAUUGAAAACAACUGCUGUUGUAAUUGGUACAUAUUACAUUCCUAAUUACAUGCAGAUUUUUUUUAAAGGGACCGCUGUCAAUGUUGUAUUAUUUUUUACACAAAAUGUUAUUGGAGCCCAGCUGCCUCCUCUGUUUAAGCAGUGUUUUAGCGGAAUAAAAGAGAGGGCUUCCUUUGGCUAUUGAUUUUGCAUGAAUUAAAUCCAUUAGACUAUAGUCGCGUGUGUGCGGUUGUAUACGUUGUGUAGGGAAGCUUGUUAAGAGAACAAAUUGUCCAGGUGUGUUGUGAGAAAAAUCACUCAUAUUGUAAUGGAACAGUUUUAAUUGACUAGAAUUUGUUCCCCAUGGUUCGGAAGAACUUCUCAACGAUGGUGUAUCCAUUGUGAAUCUUGUGAUUGGCCUAAUCAGUACACAGGUAUGUGCAUCAGAUUCAGGUGUGUUCUGAGCCACAGAAUUCAAUAUGAGGGCUCCUGAGAUCUAUAAAGGUUUGCACGAUGAACUACAUUGCUGAUUAAAAUAGAAGAGCACCAGGCUUGGAGUAAUGGAGUCAGCUUUAUUUAAAAUAAUUUGGGUUAUCUUUGGAUUUCUCUGUUCAGGCCUAAAUGCAACCAAUAAUCCACCAAGCCUGCUAAAUUUCAACAGAUACAUCUUUGUCAGGGAGGAUUUUCCAAUAAAUGGUAGCCUGGGAAUUCUGUCCGCUAGAGAUCUUGAUGGACCCAUGGAAAUCAAAUUUACAAUUAAAGAUGAAGUAACAAGAAGUCUUGUGCGCUUGAGUGAGCAUUUCGGAGAAAGCACAGUGAAUAGAUCAGUGGAGAUCAUUUUAAAGAAGCAGCUUGAUAGGGACCAUGAGCCCUCCGACAGAAAGCUCUACUUCAAUCUGGCUGACGGGGAAGGAUCCAGUGCUAACAAUUUGGCAGUCCAAGUCACACUGUUUAUCAGUGAUGUCAACGACGAAGUGCCAGAGUUUGUCAAUCUCCGAUACAAAGAAUCCAUAUAUGAGAAUGCUACAGUGGGGACCACAGUGAUUCGAGUGUCAGCCCAGGACCCAGACAAUGGACUAGGGGGCACUGUGUCUUACUACAUGGAGCCGGUAGCUCAGGCUGCAGAUGAGCUUUAUAAAAAUGCUUUUCGUAUAAACAGCGAUACUGGUGAUGUGAUCAUAAAUUCUUCCCUAGAUUUUGAAAGGCACAAUUUUUAUGAAUUUGUCAUCAAGGCAAAAGAUGGAUUUGGCAAUGAGAGCAUUAACAAUGCUGACUUUGUGGUGACCGUCCUUGAUGUUCAGGACACGCCCCCUGCCUUCUUUAAUCUCCCUUACAGCGUGGUUGUUGGAGAGGACAAGGCUGUGGGAGAAAGGGUUCUCCAGGUGACAGCAUUAGAUGGAGACAGAGGAGUUCCAAAUGGCAUCAGAUAUACAUUUGUUCAGGGUGGCUACCAGAAUUUUAAUGUGGAUCCCAACACAGGAUGGAUCACCAUUAAAACAGAACUGGACCGUGAUGAUGCCUCCAUACAGGACAGUGGAGGGGUGUACGCCAUGUAUGUUAAGGCGGAGGAGGUGAUGUCGGGUGUGAACUAUGGGAACACCACUGCCACCACACUGGUCACCAUCUCUGUGUCUGAUGUCAACGACAACACGCCCACCUUCAACCACCUCAACUAUACGGCCACCAUUCAGGAAAACAUGCAGAGUGGGGUCCCCGUCAUCUUCACAGCCAACACCAUCAUGUCUGUCAACGAUAUUGAUCAGGGACUCAAUAGUUACUUUGAAAUUGUGCUUGAGAAGGAUGGACAGCCAUACUAUGAUUUUGCACCUCUACCAAAGGAGGUUUUCUCAGAGUCUUCCAUUCUUAUCCGUGUGAACAAUUCAGUGGAUCUGGACUAUGAGAAGUCAAAGACAGCUACCUUUGAUGUAAUUGCUAGAGAGCUAAGAACCAAUCCAAAGAGAAGUAGUUCAGUCAAAAUGACGGUCCACAUCCUUGAUGUCAAUGACAACCAGCCUCAGUUUGAAAACACCUCCUACUCGGCCCAGAUUGCCGAGAACUCUCCCACCGGGACCACGUUUACACGACUACAGGCAACAGACCUGGACUCUGGAGUGUUUGGAAAAAUCACAUAUUCAGUUAGGGGAGGAAAUGGAAGAUUUGGUAUCAAUGAUUCAACUGGAGAUAUAUAUAACACAGAGGCCUUAGACAGGGAAAAGAUAAGUGAAUAUUACAUCACAGUGGAGGCAAAAGAUGGGGGUGGAUUCAGGACAACAGUGGAACUGAAUGUCAAGGUGACAGACACGAACGACAACAAGCCGCUCUUUACCAGAGAGGCUUACUUUGCUUCCCUGAAGGAGGGGGCUACCUCAUUCGUGAGAGAACUCAAGCUAGAGGCAACAGAUCUAGAUGAAGGAAUGAACAGCCAAGUCCUGUAUUCCAUAUCCAACAUCCAGCCUCCCGUGACAAACACCUUUACUAUAGACGAUGCUACAGGUGUGGUGAGACUGUCCAGGCCUGUGGACUAUGAGCAGCUGACCAGCAGUGGUCAGAUAAUGCUGGGGGUCCAGGUCUGUGACAGAGGACUGCCAUCUCUCUGCUCAGUCAUCAACGCGACAGUAGAAGUGGAGGAUGAAAAUGACAACAAACCAGUAUUCAAUCAAACCACAUACCAGGUUAAUAUAUAUGAAAAUGCGUCAAUUGGAUCUCUGGCAGUUAAAGUCGAUGCUUAUGACUUAGAUGGAACUGCCCCCAAUAAUGAGUUUGUUUUCCGCAUAGAAAGCACAACUCAGGAGAAAUUCAGGGUCAACUUCAGAACUGGAGAGGUCCUUGUGGAAUCAGAACUGGAUCAUGAACAGAGCUCUUUUUAUUCUCUGAACAUUUCAGCCACUGAUCGUGGUUCUGUCUCAUUGGAGGGGUACUGCAUUGUCAAUAUAAACGUGUUGGAUGUGAAUGAUGAGAUACCUUACUUUGACCCACGGUCACAGUCUGUAGCUAUCCUGGAGAACAAGCCUGUUGGAUCACAGGUCGUGACCCUGACAGCAGUGGACACAGACAGUAAUCCACGCCUCAGGUACCAGAUUUUACAAGACUCAAUUCGUGCCACUGAUGAAGAGGGCAGAGAUGUGAAUGUUACUGCAAAUAAUAUUCAGAAUUAUUUUGACAUCAAUGAGACAACCGGCAUUUUGUUUGUAAAAUCAGUAUUAGACAGAGAAACAGCUGAAAAGAUAGAACUCAAAGUCCUAGUGAAAGACCUCAAUGGAUGGCAGCCAUCAGCUGAUCAACAAACUGCCACUGCUACCCUGACUCUGACUUUACUGGACGUCAAUGAUGAGCCUCCUGAGUUCCUCCCUGGUCCACAAUAUCAUGUCAAUGUCUCCGAGGGUCGAGAGGUCAAUGACUUAGUUAUCACUGUGUCAGCAGUGGAUAAGGACAAGAAGCAAACUGUGUUCUAUAGAAUAGGACAGGAUGAUAUCAAUUCCUUCCAGAUCAUGGAUUCCAGAGUCGGCACUGUCACUUUAAAAAAGCAACUGGACUAUGAGAACAACCAUGAAGUGAGCUUCACGGUGAUAGCGACGGACUCUGCCAGCCCUCCUUCCUCUGUCCUCACAUCCACAGCCACUGUGUCAGUGUCCCUGAUCGACAUCAAUGACAACACGCCACAGUUCCUGCCCCACCCCACACAGUACUCCGUGGAGGAGAACGCUCCCAACGGGACAUUUGUAGGGAACAUUACUGCCACAGACAGGGACAGUGGCAGGUUUGGAGAGAUUACCUACUCCCUGCAGGUCACAAACGAUGACCAGAGUCUCACCAUUGACUCCAAAACAGGCAUUAUCUCAGUCCUCAAGCCCCUUGACAGAGAAAUGAGGGAAGAGUACAUAUUGUAUGUGACCGCCACUGACAAUAUCGAUGCUAACCCCAACCAACAACGCUCAGAGAGAACAGGGGCCAUAUUUGUUAAAGUGACAGACGUCAACGACAACCAUCCCAUCAUCACCAAUAUUGGAACCACCCCGAAAUCUGUUGUAGAGAAUUCACAGAAUAAUACUAUUGUAGAUACCAUUUUGGCCAAUGAUGCAGACAUCGGGGCCAAUGCUGAGGUAGAAUUUUCUCUAGUGUCAGGUGACACUAACGCCAGUGACAGCUGGUUCUAUAUAACCACACAGUACAACAGUGACAUUAAGAACAAUGAAGGAGUCAUUCGCACUAGAGGGUCCCUGCUAGGACAUGUGGGGAUGUACUACGUCACAGUCAAAGUUCAGGACAAGGGAACACCCACUCGGCUCUCCUCCAACAUGACUCUUCUGAUAGAGAUCAUUGAGUCCAAUGAAAAUCUGAACCAGCCCCAAUUUGUUGUUCCCAAAGGUCCUACUGCUACACUUCAAAUCAAAGAGCAACAACCUGUGGGUACUACAGUAAUACAGGUGAGUGCUACCGAUGCUGACCACGGUAAGAAUGCAGAGGUCCACUACUACCUGGCCCCGGAGAAGGACUACACCAAGUUCCAGAUCCACAAGGACACCGGCCUACUGACCACCAGGGCCGUCUUGGACAGGGAGCAACAGGCUCAGUUUGAGAUCCGAGUAAUUGCCAAUGACAGUGGCAUCAUCAGUGUUUUGGAUAACUCGAUCACCAUAUUUGUUCAGCUGUUGGACAUUGAUGACCAGGAGCCUGAAUUUCCUCGACGACCAGACAUGGAGCCGUACAUCCUUGGUCCUGUGCCAGAGGAACACUCCAUGGAGUACUGUGGCACAGUGGAUGUAGCCAUAGACAGAGACAGUCACGUCAACAACAGUCUCAUCUUCUAUUACAUCAUAGGUGGAGAUAUGGUCGACCAUUUUUACCUCAAUCAGACAGGAGAAUUGUACUUGAUCAAAGCAGUCGAUAGAGAUGGAGAUGUAACUGGAACACCCAUUAAUUUCAUAAAUCUGGUGAUAUGGGCCACCCCUCUAGGAUACCUCACUUUUGACAAAUACUCUAUAGUCCCAGGGACUCAAAGAAUGGUCUCUCAAAAAAUAGAAAUGCGACCUCCAGAUGAUUAUGAUUCCAGCAACACGACCUUGUUGUGGGCUCAGGUCACCAUCAAAGAUAUUAAUGAUCACCCGCCAAAGUUCAGGAACCAGAAUCUCAGUGUGGGCAUCACCAGGAAAACUCAGUUUCAGGAGACCAUAUUCACUCUCAGUAAUGAAGUGACUGACUUGGACUCUGGGAACAAUUCUGUGCACACAUUCCACUUGAUGUCCUUGGGGAUUUACCCAGAAACCCUCAGGAACAAGUUACCUAGUGCCCCCCUCAGUCUGUCCAGUGAUGGAAUCAUCAGGACCAACACCAUAUUCCAGUCAGACAUGUCUGGAUACAUCCUGAUGGAUGUCAGUGCUCAGGACAUUGACGGCAAAAUGGCUAAUGCCUCUCUAAGGAUAUCUCUGAUCAAUGAUGACCAAAGAGUUAAAAUAAUCUUCAGAAUGACUCCAAUGCAAGUCAGAAAUUUCUCAGAGACUUUCAGAAGUAAACUGGAAAAAAUCACAGGGUACCAUAUAGUUGUAGACAAAAUCCAAACUCACGAAAAUGGCCAGGGAAAACCUGAGGCAGAUAAGACUGAUAUGUUUAUCCAUGGAGAGGUCAUUAAGCCAUUUAGAAUUGUUUCUGCCGCUGAGCUACUAAGUAAAAUAGAUGAUGAAGCUGCAGCCCUUGUGCCCAUUUUGAAUGAGUACAAUAUACUACAGAUUGUGUCUGCAGUUCAACAAACAGAGGAAGAAGACUCCAACCGACUGCUCAUAAUGGGCCUGAUUCUACUGGCCAUUGUUCUAGGCAUUCCAUGUAUUGUUAUGGCCAUCGUCAUAUUCCUUAUUACAAAAUCAUAUCAAAGGAAGCUUAAAGCAGCCACUGCUAUGGUUUAUGGGCAGGAAAAUGACAUGCAGAAGAACCAGCUUCCCGGAACUAAUCUACACGCCUAUGAAAAUGCCAACCCCAUUUUCUUGGAAAAAGUAUUAUCACAAGAAUCACAAGACUAUGAUGACACUGACUCGGUGGACAACAAUGUGGUGGAUUCCCCCGUCCCUCAGACAGUGGACACCCAGGAAGUGUCCAUGACCUUCACCGCGGACAGCAGUAAAGACUAUACCCACAAUUCCUCACUUAAAACAAUCAGUUCAGUCAUUGGUUCUCAAGAGAACAGCUUCGGCCACAGAAAUCCUCUUUUCUCAAAUCUUAAUGGUGAUACUCCAAGAUCUCAUCUUAUAAAUGGCCUUCAGGCUUCAGAAAUUUAAAAGAAGAAAGGAAGAAGAUGGAGUAGUUCAUGUACUAUUUGAUUGUGAUAUUAAAACUUGUUCAAAGCAUGUUGUGAUAUGACAAGGUAUUACUUGUCACAUUUCUUUCAUGUAAAUGUAUUGUCUGAGUGAACAAACCUAAUGCAGGCUUUUUUCUCUUUUUUUUUGUACUUAUAUGCACAUUCUUUAACAUAUUUGGUACACUUACAAAGUGUGCAGAAAUUGCUUUAACAGAACUUACCUCAUUUUAUUGUAUGCAUUUAAAGUGAUGUAUUCCAAGAUCAGUCUUGUUAAUCAAACAGAUAUAUGCUUUAUAUUUCCUGAUUCCAUGAUCAUUUAUAUGUUCCUUUAAUAAGAAAUGAAAUUCACUGUUCCAUCGAGGUUGAUAUACCUGUUUUGUGACAUGUUAUAGGCUUGUUUUGACACAAAACUACUUCAAGGGCUUUAGACUUACAAAUAAUAUCUUUAAGUAAUAUAAUGAAAAGUUGAACAAAUUCAAAAAGAGGCUAGAUUUCAAAGGAUAAAAUCUCAAUUAUUUUUAUUUCUUUUAUACUAGUAAGUAUACAUUUUUUAGCUCAGCUGAGAGCUGAGAGUUCCAGUAAGCCAUUCUGGUCAAAGUUUGUCUGGAAUAUGUUGUCAUUGUGUUGUCCAUGCCUCAAACUCUUCAUCUUCUCUUCAACCAUUUAACCAAUUUCAACCAAAAAGCACAAAUUACACACAGGUGAAUGGCUCUCAUUUUUUCUCUUGAAAUAAUAAUACACUGAAAAUAAGUUGUCUUGAAAUAAGAACAAGUGCACGUCUGAUAUACCCAGACCAAUAAUGGGGCCAUAUGUUGAGUGCAGUUUUUCAGUAGAAUAUAUAGGGUAAAAUCUGGAAAAAUUGUAAGCAUUUGAGUUAACUUACAACCUAAAAUAUUAUGAAAUCAUGGCACCUUAGACUUUUACUAAGAAAAUAGUAAGAGAAAAAAUGACUAAAAACAGUCAAUCAGGUGAGCCAUGUGGCCUCUUAUUUUAUUAUAGGACAUGUUUUUACUAGGUUCUAAUAUUUUACAGACUUCUUGUAGAAAAUAAUCUGUUGUUGCUACAGAUAUACCAGAUAGUUAUUAUAUUCAGACAGAAUGCAACGAUUUAGAGUAUUAAAUGUUAAACAAUGAAAUGCAGUAUUCAUGUAUCAAAAUCCAGUAGACAAUCUUGAAAACAAGAGCUCAUAACUCACCAGACAAAACACAAUGUAUUUUUAUGUGCUAGCAUUAGAGAUACCAUAUUUUGAUAUUAAGAUUUUUGUGUCAUAUGUAUGUUCAGUGUGCUUACGGACCAAACAGAGGUUGUGAUUGCAAGGUUAUUGUAGUGUUUUCAUAGAGUUGUGAGAGUUAUAGAAAGCUAGCUGGUAUAGUUUUAUACAUUCUCUAGAGAACAGUAUUUGUUGUUUGUUGUCAAUGUUUGAAAUACUGUACAAAUGUUUGUUAAGUCCAUUAACUCUUGCCAAACUAGCAAGUCCCAGCUUACAAAGUGCAAUUAGUGGUGUUUUGGUUUGUGUUUUUGUUCCUAUCAAUCCUGAUUCACGGUUUUAAAGAAUGUGUGAUCAUUCAUAACAAUGUAAAGCUUGCCAUGUUUAAUGAUCAAAUCCAAGGCUUGACUGUUAUGCUAUGUCUACAAUAAAUGGGGCCUCAAAACAAGCAAAUGCUACUCGACUUUGUUCAGAAACCAUUAAAACUUUGUCUUUAGUCUUGUGGGUUUUUUUUGUAUUGUCUGGUCACUUAAAGAGUUGCAAUGGUUUGAAACUGGGUUUUUUUGUUUUGUUUCGUAUUAGAUGUACAAAUUGUGUAUGAAAUCAAAAUGUUUGUCUAAAUUACAUGUUAUUUAUUAAAAUGCUAAUUUUUAAAACUUGA